AUGACAAGCAAUAUCAGUUCAAGCACAACCGGUCACACAUAUCGGCUUCGACCAAUGCCAAUAAGUUCAAUGAAUAAUAAUUCAAAUCUAAUUGGACCAUCAACAAAUACAACAUUGAAUAAUAAUAAUAGUAACUCAGCAUAUUAUGGAACAGCAGCACCUAUAGUUGCUUCUCCAACAUGGAGUUAUUCAUCACCAAGUCAACUAGCACGAAAAUAUGCUAAUAUUGCACCUAUUUGGUGUCAUAUAACAAAACCAAGACAAUUAAAAAAAAAAUUUGCAUCUACAUUUCAUCAAGCUCAAUCAUUAGUAAGUUUUUAUAAUGAAGAUAGAGCACCAAGUGAACGUCGUGGUUCACUUAAUCAAUCACAACAACAACAACAAAAUCAAAUGCAAUCUCAACAACAACAACAAUCUAGUGUACAUAAUACAAGUUCAAAUCCACAAUAUCAUCAUAAUGAAUCAAACAGUUAUCGUCAACAAUAUACUCCACAUUAUAUUUCUCAUGAUAUUACCACAGAACCAUCAACAACAUCAUCAUCAUCACGAGCAAAAAAAAAAUAUACAGGUGGUGCUUUAACAAUGCAUAUAUCGUCAUCACGUUUACAAUCACCACCAGCACAACCAAUAUCAUCACUAACAGCCGAAGAAAAAUUUUCUAAUCCAAGUGAACGUAAAGCUCGUAUUGAUCAAUUAAAAGAUCUUGUUUUUAAUACACGUGUUAAAGAUACAAUGAUUGGACGAACUGAUUCAAAAAAUCGUUCAACUACAAAUUUACAAAAAGCUAAUUCAUAUAAACGUAUUGAUCAAAUAACAAAUCCAAACGAUGAUUAUCAAACAUCAAUUAUUCCACCAACAACACCUAUACGUAAAGAUUCACAUUAUUAUCAUUAUCAUUUACCAACAAGUACAAUAUCAUCAUCAGCAAUAAAUGAAAAUCUUAAUCGUCCUAUUGUACCACCACCACCAACAUCAUCAUCAUCAACAACAACAGCAACAACAAGUUCAGCAAUAUCACAUCCGACAUAUAAUUAUGAUUAUUUACGUGCAAAAUCAAAAGAAUAUACACGACCAAUAUAUCAUGAAACAAAUUAUAUAACAAGUCCAAUGCAUGCAACAGAAAUACCAUCAUCACAAAUAGCAUCAACGAGUUCAGCUUAUGUUGGUUCAACAAUAACAAAUCCAUUGAAUUCUUAUCGUACAUAUGAUGAUCAUAGUUAUAUUGGUAAACCAACAUCAAUUACAGAUAAAAACUCAUCAUAUUCAGCAAUAACUUCAUAUCCAAGUUAUCAAACACCAAGUUCAUCUAAACGACGUAUUAAAAAAUAUUUACUUGCUAAAGGUAGUGCUCCUACAGCACUAUCACAUCAAACAGAACCUAUUAUUACAAAUAUGGAAAAUUUAUCUUUACUUGAAGAAGAUAAAGCAACUAACGGAGAUGAUUCUAGUGUUAUUAUUGCUAAUGCACAUGUAACAACAGCAUCAUCUCCAAUAAAUUCAACUUUAUCGAAUCAAAAACUUACAACUACAACUGUUGUUCCAUUACUUCAAACAACACCACCUAUUCCAACACUUAGUCCAGCAUCAUCAUCACCUCCACCUGUUCCAACAAAUAGUUCUACUGCUCCUAUCGAAUCAGUUGUUUUCUCUACACCUAAUGGUCAAUUAUCACCUAGUCCACAAAAUAAUUAUACUAAUAAUACGAAUAAUAAUAAAGUUCCUCCUGUUAUUGUUGUACCUUUAUCUGCUUCAUUAACAUCUCUUAACAAACAACAACCACAAACAACAUUAAAAUCAACAACAAAUUCACUUCUUGAUUUUGUUGCUUCACAUAAUGAAAAAGAACAAUCACCAUCUCGAUCGAUCGUACCACCAGUUGCUGAGGAUGGGUGGGAAUCUCGUAUUUGUGUGUGUGCAUUUUCGAGAAGCCAAAUGAUUGCUGUGCUACUACCCUAUGUUUGA